AUGUCUACGCGCCGCUAUCGAUCAGCUGCUGCCUGUCAGAAUUGCAGGCAGCGCAAAGUUCGGUGUAGCGUGACGGUGACUGGCAUCCCGUGUAUAGGAUGUACACAAGAUGGCAGAGAAUGCCAUCUCCCGCCAGGAAAAGUUCAAACGAUUCGUGAGAGACAUGCUCGUCGAGCUAUUUCAGCAGUCAGCAGCCCAGUCAAUACAGAUCCCGCUGGGAUGGCCGCUCCCUCAAGCUCGGUAGAUGCAUUUCCUGGAGCCUUUUCAACACAACAAACAAAUGGAACCGGAUUAAGCAAUACCGGCACGAGAAGUGUCUCUCAUCCUCCGGAGUACCCCCAACGCCGGGCCGAAGAGCGGACAGGCGUUGAGAUUGCCACCAAAGUCCUUGGUAGAAGCAAUAAGAAUGGCCAAGCGCCAUUUUACACUGGUGAUUCACCUGGAUUUGGCAGUGUUUUCGAUAUAUGUUCAUCGCCUCGGCAGCCUAUUCAAAGGCACAUCUUACUAACAUCUAAGACCUCAAACUUCUUAUCCCCCGAGGAUAAAGAAUAUUUACAGUAUAAAGGGGUUUUCAGUCUGCCUCAAAACUCUACUUGCAAUGAGCUUUUACGAGCAUAUUUCCACCAUGUGCAUCCUCUCACGCCAGUGGUCGAUGCUACCACACUACCACAUCUCUAUCCAACUGGAGAAAACCAACAGCAUAAUCUCUUGCUAAUAUGGAGUGUAUUUUUUGUCGCAGCGAAUAUUCCAUGUAUUCUCGUGCAAAGGUAUCAGUGGUUCAAGUCAACUCCAAUAUCUUUACUGAUGACAAUAUUGCAGUGUUUACACUAUAUCGGGGGUGAAACAAACCACACCGUGCUACUGCAAUCAGCACUCCUUUUGGGUUUCUACCAUUCCGAAGCCGAUACUCACACACAGCCAUGGUAUUGGCUAGGAGUGGCAAUUAGCCUCUGCCAAUCCAUAGGUCUGCAUAGAUGUUCGAGUGCGGUAUGCGCUACCUCGCCCAUUCCCGAGCAGCAACAGCGUCUCUGGCGCCGCCUUUGGUGGACCUGUGUCUUCAGAGAUCGUUGGCUUAGUCUUACGAUGGGACGACCAUUGAGAAUCAAUAUGAACGAUUGCAACACCAUGAUGCCAUCUGCGGCGGAUAUGUUAAGUGAUUUUGCUGAGCUCCCUGAAUCCAUGUCCGAAGAAUAUAUCCCAAAAGAUCUACCACAGCUGGCGCAGUAUUGGGUCACGAUGAUUCAAUUAACCCAGCUCUUGGGAGAUACAUUGACCUUGUGUUAUCAGCCCUUUGGGCCUAGUCCGUCUUUUCAGCAAGUUGAAAGCCUCGAGAGGGAGAUCUCGACGUUCCAACUACCAGAGAGCAAAGACACGGUUUCAAGCCCUGUGGUAACGUUCUAUCUAUACCACCUUCAGCUUCACUAUCAAGCAUUCCUCGUCACCUUUUACCGGCCGUUUAUUACAAAGACACCCGAGGGGCUUCCGGUUACCCAGAAAAGCUCAUGGCAAACCCACAUCAGAAACUCCAUCGACACAGCAGCCUUACAAACAAAUUCUGUACUGGACAGUCUAGUUCGUGAGAAACUUCUUGAUUUCUCCGGUCCCAUGACGUGA